AUGGCGAAAAUAGCGAUAAUUCUUGCUCUUCUGAGCGGAAUUCUUGGCUCUCCCCAUUCUCGAGGGAGAACUGUUUGUGACAGAAAAAAAUCAGAAAUAAUCAGAGGAAUCAAGCGAAAAGACAAAGAGACCUUGAGCAACUUCAAAAUCAACGAAAUUGGCGAGCCAGAGCGAAUUUGCGGCGACGGAUACGAGCUAACAAAGGAUGUAUUCUUCUGCUUGGACGUAUGUCUCCUCAAAACAGGAGAUACUUGCUCGAAAGAAGUCGAAGCUGGAGUAGAUUUAUGCGGAAGAGAUAGGGAUGGGAACGAGUUGGAAUGUGCUGGAGACGAUUUUCGACCAGACUUGCCGUUUACUUGUCAACCAAUGGUUUUAUACGACGGUUCUAUCUUCGACUCUUCAUUCUCAUCCGUUUACUUUUCCUACUAA